GUCAAAUGUCAAAAAACAGCUGUUUGGAUUGAAGUUGUCAAGUUUAACACUAGGAGGUUUCAAAACAAAAAAUAUCCAAUAAUUUGAAUUUAUUAAAUAAACUCCUGAUUGAAGAACACCAAAAUGACGCUAUUGAGCAAGUUGAGGCCCUUAGUUAAAUUCCUACCAACUGCACAAAAAUCAGCUGUCCAUAGGCCAAUGUCUGACCACAGAAUAUUUCCCAUGCAACCCUCAAGAUGGCAAUGGAAUAAAUUCAAAGAUUUGGUCCACUUUUAUUUAUUUUUGGGAAUUAUUCCGUGCAGCCUGUUCGUCGGUGGCAUGAACUUAUUUGUCGGGCCUGCUACUCUUUCGGAAAUACCAGAGGAUUACACACCUAAACAUUGGGAAUAUUACAAAAAUCCUGUAACUAGAUUGUUGGCCAGAUACGUAUUGACUAAUCCCCAGCAAGAGUAUGAAAAAUACUGCACUUAUCUUUUUAUUGAACAGGAAAAAAUAAAAUUAAGAGAACUUGAAUCAAAAAUAAUGGAGAAGAUGGAUGAGCGUGUCGAUUAUCAAGCUUACUACUUCAGACCUGUCUCUACUGCUAAAUACUACAGAAUCAUUAGAGAAGGAUCAGCAGAUAUUGAAGAUCUUGAAGAUCCAAUUCCAAAGGAACAGUAGGUUUGAUUGUUUUUUGAUUGUAGAUAAUUUUUGUAGUUUUACGUUUUCAAUAAAGUGAAUUAAAAAUAAAAUCAACUUGGAAACCCAUUUUAAUGUGUUUUAUUAAAUGAAUAUCACAACAACAACAAAAUCUUAUUAAAUAAAGCGUUACAAAACUUAAAUUUAGGUAUUCUACAUACACAAAAUUAAUACUAUUACUAUUUGUAAUACCUAUAUUAUUAUCUUAAAAAUUUAAAGAAACAUCUUAUCAACAGUUUUAUAUAAUAGAAUAAUAUAACAAAUUUCUUCUGUAUUUAUAUUUUGAACCACAAUUAGCCGUUUUUCAUUAUUUCAGCUCACUUACCUAAUAAAUAAAUAUUAUGAAUAAUGUAUCACACAAUGUCUGAAUAAACCUAAUUACUGAAAACCUGAAAAAUAGGUCGUCGUUUAUGUAACUUCAUAAAUUGUUCCAAAGUGAAAGGCAAUUGUCCCUCAUAAGGAAUUUUUGACUUAACUAUUUUAGUGGCACAAAGACAUUUUAAGGAGGUGCAAUUGAUUAAAGAUGAAUGCUGAUGGUUCUUGAACCUUAAGACAUUAACAGCUGUAAAACCAUGGCCAUCCACUUGAUCUAAAUGAGCUCCAAAGUCUAAUAAAACGGUUACUAAUUCAGGAGAAUAGUAUCGCUUUCUGCUGGUGGCUACAUGUAGAGGUGUACAACCCUGAUGGUUUGUGGCAUUGACAUUAUUUCCACAUUGCAGUAAUAUUUUUGCAAUCAUAUCUCGUGCAACUCUCCGAUUAGUUUGUGGCAAACUGUGUUCUAUGGUACUAUGUGAACUUAGAACAACAAAGUGCAAUAGUGAAUUUCCUGUCAUGAAACACCUUACAUUUUCUUUCAACAAUAUUGUCAACAUUCUUUUUACUUCAUUUUGAUUGGCUUCUGUUUUCGCUGUUUCAAUUAACAAAUGAAUCAAAUAAAUAAGAUACCUAAAAGUAAAAUUAACUUAAACGAAAUAAAAAACAAUUUUAAUAUUACCUUAAGGUUUUUUCGUAAGUGUGCAAUUGUUCAUCAAGCUGAGGCCUUAUUUGCAACAAAGGUUUCGCCCAUAGAAUGUGCAUACAUAUUAGCUUAAAGGUUUCCACAAUAUCGUUACGCCUUUUAUCCAUAUUAUCAAUUCCUUCUUGAAGAGAUUUUACAUGAUAAUCGACCAUGAUCAUUACCAAGGCUUUUACAAUGAAUUGAGAAUCUGAGGACAAGAUUGAGUCUCUUUCAACACGAAUGUGUAGGGCACGACUCCACAAAUCAAUGCAAUGUUGGUAGCGCAUCUGAUCUGCGUAUGCAGCACCUUGGAACAUUAAUCUGAAAUUGAGAAUUUCAGAUAUAAUUCACUGCAGUGAGGGAAUCUUUUUAGUCAUUAAUUUUUACAUAAACCCAAAUAAAAUUAAAAUACAUAUGCAUUAUCAUCACAAAAAAGUGUUGUUCCAUUGACGAAGCUGUAGAAAGAAAAAAUAUAUAGGUACAUAUUAUAAAAAGUCAUGAAAAUGUCGCAAUAUCAAGGUACAUCCGAGAGUACAACAUAACAAAAUAUGUAUAUACAUAACAAAAAUAAUGUUAAGGCUUGCAAAUUCUGUUUUAGUAGAUUCUAACAUUGAUAUCUUUAUUAUUUCUUUAAAUAUAAAUAAAAUCAUUGCAACUUCAGUCUGAAAUACGAAAUACACCAUUUUAAUAUACAUUUUAUUAUUAGUUUCACAAAUUAUAAUUAUAGAGUACAUUUAUUUAUUAUGAUUACCUAAAACCCUUUCUAGUUUUAUACAUUGUCUGAUCUGUGAUUUAUAAUAUUUUUCUAAACUUUAAUAUUGGUUCACAAAUUAUAGUAAUAAGUACAUCUUACAAAACACAUUACACUUCUUCAACAGAGUAUGAAUCAGUAAACUACAGGCAAAAAUUGGCAUUUAGCCAAAGUCAAAAAUAGCUUUAUUCGAAUCUAACAAAAAUGUUGUUGUGUACAAACCUUGAAUUUUUAUUGUCGUGAAAAAGCAAUAAAACAAAAAUGAGAUGCAGGAUGCAGUUUUCCAAUGCAAUUUGGUUGCCUGUAAGAUUAUGGGCAAAUCAAACAUAUUUUAUCUAGGAUCUUGGAAUCAUCUUUGAUAGUAACUUGACUUUUCAACAGUAUAUUGAAAUUUGUAGAAAUAGGGCAAUAUAAAUGUUAGGAUUUGUUAAAUGAUACACAAUGAGUUUUAAUGAUAUCACAGCUAUAAAGCUGCUUUACGUUUCUCUUAUGAGGUCACUUUUAGAAAAUGUUUCCAGCAUAUGGUUUCUUUACUUUAUUACAUAUCAAGAUAUUGCUAGACAAAGUUCAAAGAAAGUUCCUUAGAUACUUAUAUAGCAUAUAAGAUGCACAUUCCCAUGGAGGAACUAAUUUAUCGUCAGUUCCAGAGCAGUCUAAAAAUUGGCUCUCUGAAAAAUAGGAGAGAAACUGCUGAUAUAGUUUUCGCUCAUAAAUUAAAUACUGGCUUAUGCGAAUGUCCAGAGCUAUUAUUUGGAUUAAAUUAUUUUGUUCCUCCUAAACUUUUAAGAGAUCAAAGAACCUUGGAACUGUGUCAGCAUAGGACUCUUUAUGGCCAGAAUACUACAAUAAAUAGAAUUAUGAAAAGCUGUAAUAACUGUGAGAAAGAUUUAUUUAUUGUGUCACAAUAUAGUCUGAAGGUAUUAUUUCGAUUCUUUCUUAGUCUUAGAAUAUAAACUCCCUAAUUUAUAUUAAAAAACAAUUGUUUUUACCUUUGCAUGGUAUCCCUAUGCUGCGUCCCCAAAACUCUUUCAGUAACCAACAAACUGUGUGUCCUUAUAUUUACCAUAUUCCCUUCCAAUGCUGAUAACUCUUCUACAGUUUCAAAUUCUUUUUGAUUCCUAUACGCUUCGAUUUGAGGCAGCAGAGCAGGCACUUUAGGAUACAAACCGUUUUCAUGUCUGAUUCUUAAAGCUAUUCCCCAGUGGUUCAAGCAUACACUUACAUCGGUUUUGACAUCCAAAAAGGAUGCCCCAAUAAGUUCGUGAGCAUUAGCAAGUCUUUCUGGUUCAUAGCUUAUGUUUGAUGUCAGAUAUUCGAAGAUUGGCGAGGUUGCUGUUAGACAUGCCAUUUGAAGUGCAUCAUCU